GUCCUCUCUGCCUUAGCUGUAAAUUCAGAUAAGGAGACUGUAAGCAGCUGAGAACAUGGAGACUUUGAAGGAUUUUGAUUACUUUCUAUUCUCCAGUCCUACCACUGUACUUGGACUAGGUCUCCUUUUCAUAAUCCUUUAUUUGGUGACUGUUGGUUCCUCCAGAGAAACGGGUAAAGAGCCUCCAGGACCAAAGCCUCUGCCUCUGCUUGGCAACCUGCUGCAGCUUGACCUCCAGAGACCCUACAAAACACUGUGUGAGCUUUCCAAGAAAUAUGGGUCUGUAUUUACAGUUUAUUUUGGGCCGAAAAAAGUGGUUGUCCUAGCCGGGUACAGGACAGUCAGAGAGGCUCUGGUCAGCUAUCCAGAAGAGUUUGGAGAAAGAGAAAUUCUUCCUUCGUUUGUGGAUUUAUCAAAACAUCAUGGAAUUCUGUUUUCAAACGGAGAAACUUGGAAAGAGAUGCGUCGUUUUGCCCUCAGCACCCUCAGAGACUUUGGGAUGGGGAAGAGAGUUUCAGAGGAGAAAAUCUUAGAGGAGUGUGGACACCUCAUUCAAGUGUUUGAGAGUUAUAAAGGGAAACCAUUUAACACAACCUGUCCAACAAAUAAUGCAACAUCCAACGUCAUCUCCUCCAUUGUGUUUGGAAGCAGAUUUGAAUAUGAUGAUCCUCAAUUCAGAGAUUUGGUUAAUCGAAUCUCUGAGAAUAUUACGACAGCUGGUUCGGCAGGAAUCCAGUUCUACAAUACAUUUCCCCGGCUGGUUGGAUGGAUAAAAAGCCGUCAGAUUCUCUUAAAAAAUCGUGAAAUGACAUUGAAAGACCUGAAGCAUUUAACCCAGAAACUGAAAGAGACACUCAACCCUCAGAUUUGCAGAGGAGUGAUCGACUGUUUUCUGAUUCAAAAGCAGAAAGAAGAGGAUUCUUUUGUCAAAGACACUCAGUUCACUGAGGAGAACCUGUUAUAUACAGUCUCAAACCUGUUUGCUGCCGGAACCGACACCACAGCUGCAACACUGAGGUGGGGUUUGCUGCUCAUGGCAAAGUAUCCACAAAUUCAAGACCAGGUUCAGGAGGAGCUGACCAGGGUGGUUGGAAGCCGCGAGGUUCAUGUGGAAGACCGUAAAAAUCUGCCGUACACUGAUGCUGUCAUCCAUGAGAUACAGCGCCUCGGUAACAUUACUCCUAUGGCGAUCCCACACAAGACCAGUCGAGAUGUUACCUUUCAGGGGUAUUUUAUCAAAGAGGGAACUACUGUGAUUCCCCUCCUUACAUCAGUUCUGUAUGACGAGAGUGAAUGGGAGAGCCCACACACCUUCAACCCUUUUCAUUUCUUAGACAAGGAGGGAAGAUUUAUCAAGAGAGAUGCCUUUCUGCCAUUUUCUGCGGGUCGCAGGGUGUGUCUUGGUGAGAGUCUGGCAAAGAUGGAGGUUUUCCUCUUCUUCACCUCACUCCUUCAACGUUUUUGUUUCACGCCUCCACCUGGAGUUUCUGAAGAUGAUCUGGAUCUGACUCCAGCAGUGGGAUUCACCGCCCCUCCUUCUCCUCAUGAGCUCUGUGCUCUCAGUCGGCAGUGAAGAAUAAAGCACUAGAUUGUAGUUGAUGUCUCUACCAGAACCCUGAUGUCACUAUUACUAAUUAUCACUUUAAAUGUCUGCAUGUUACUUUAAUUUGCACACUUUAUUUAAGGAGCUUGAAAGUGUUUUUUAGCUGUGGGCUUUAUCCCUCACUUCCUUCUUUUCUUCUAUUGAGUUAAUUUCACUGACAUAUAUAGAUGAUGAAGAGAUUCA